GCGCAGCAGCAGCUGCUGCCCAGCUGUUUCAUCCCUACCGAGUUUGCGAUUAUGGCGUCGCUUACCGUGAAAGCCUAUCUUCUGGGCAAGGAGGAGGCGGCCCGCGAGAUCCGCCGCUUCAGCUUCUGCGUUAGCCCGGAGCCCGAGGCGGAAGCCGAGGCCGCGGCGGGCCCAGGGCCGUGCGAGAGGCUGCUGAGCCGGGUGGCCACGCUGUUCCCCGCGCUGCGGCCUGGCGGCUUCCAGGCGCACUACCGCGAUGAGGACGGGGACUUGGUUGCCUUUUCCAGUGAUGAGGAGCUGACAAUGGCCAUGUCCUAUGUGAAAGAUGACAUCUUCCGCAUCUACAUUAAAGAGAAGAAGGAGUGCCGGCGGGACCAUCGCCCACCAUGUGCUCAGGAGGCAUCCCGAAACAUGGUGCACCCCAACGUGAUUUGUGAUGGCUGCAAUGGGCCUGUGGUGGGAACUCGCUACAAGUGCAGCGUGUGCCCAGACUAUGACCUGUGCAGCAGCUGCGAGGGGAAGGGCCUGCACAGGGAGCACAGCAAGCUCAUUUUUCCCAACCCCUUUGGCCACCUCCCUGAUGGCUUCCACCAUCAUGGCCGCUGGCUUCGGAAGCUGAAACAUGGACAUUUUGGCUGGCCUGUCUGGGAGAUGGGUCCACCAGGGAACUGGAGCCCACGGCCUCCUCGAGCAGGGGAUGCUCGCCCUUGCCCUACAGCUGAGUCAGCUUCUGGUCCGGCAGAGGAUCCCAGUGUCAAUUUCCUGAAGAAUGUAGGGGAGAGCGUGGCAGCUGCCCUCAGCCCUCUAGGCAUUGAGGUUGACAUUGAUGUGGAACAUGGAGGAAAGAGAAGCCGCCUGAUGACCACCUCCCCAGAAAGUUCCAGUGUGGGCACAGAAGACAAGUGUAGCACUCAGCCAAGCAGCUGCUCUUCGGAAGUCAGCAAACCUGAUGAGGCCGGCGAAGGCCCCUCACAGUCCCUGACAGAGCAAAUGAGAAAGAUUGCUUUGGAGUCAGUGGGACAGCCAGAGGAACAGAUGGAGUCUGAUAAUUGCUCAGGAGGGGAUGAAGACUGGACCCAUCUGUCUUCCAAAGAAGUGGACCCGUCCACAGGUGAACUCCAGUCUCUGCAGAUGCCAGAAUCAGAAGGACCAAGCUCUCUAGACCCCUCCCAGGAAGGGCCCACAGGGCUGAAGGAAGCUGCCGCGUACCCACAUCUCCCACCAGAGGCUGAUCCCCGGCUGAUCGAGUCGCUCUCGCAGAUGCUGUCCAUGGGCUUCUCUGAUGAAGGUGGCUGGCUCACCAGGCUUCUACAGACCAAGAAUUAUGACAUCGGAGCCGCUCUGGACACAAUCCAGUAUUCAAAGCACCCUCCGCCAUUGUGACAGUGCUUGUGCCCAAGCCCCGUGACCCACCCCUUUGUCUUGUAGUUGCAUCCAGUAGAGCAGCAGGGCCGUCUAUAAGGCCAGUUUCUUGGCAUUCUUCCAGAGCCUGCAGGUGGGAGUGUGUGAAGCCCUUCAGGGCAGGAGAGAGUGACUUGGAGGGAGAGCUCCAAGAGUGCACAUGCUGACGCCUGGGAACACAACCAGGUGCUUGUGGCUGAGCUUCCUCUGCUUUUCCUAAGUCUGGCCUUUGCCAGGGAGCUGCAGAGGCAUACUGCUCUUGCUGCCAGCAUUGCACCAGCAGUCCAGAAUUGUAGCCUGAUGACCUUCUGUGCUUUUUUGUUAAAAGUGAACAAAUAGAACCAUUGUGUAAGUCAAAGGUGGCAGCAACUGGGGCCUAUAUAUGGCUCCUGGGGGAUGGAGAACUUGUGCAGGCUCUCACCAUAUACUGCAUCCCCUUUUAAUGAUCCAAUGUUAAUGCUUUUAAACAAACCCCCCCAUGUAGCUUCCUCUGACUUGAUUUUUAAAUAGCCUGUAAUUAAAUGGCAUAUGCACUUUAA